AUCUAGCACUGCACAUCAGGACAUGACUGAAGACUAAACUGCUUAAAUGAUUGAUGAACAUGAAAUAAAAUGUAAAUAAAUAUCUUUUUUUUCUUUUUCUUUUAGAGAAUUACGAUCUGUGGCAUAUGCGAGUGGUGGACUAUCGAGAUUCAAAGCUCCACGAAUACUAUGAGGACGCUGCUUUGGUUGACAAAUACAUCUACUCCUACAGCAGCAACAAGAGCAGAGUAGUAGUACCCGUACAGGACUGGUUGAGAAAACUCACAGCAGAAGAUCCUCAGUACUGGCAGAGAGCGACCGAGAAGGCUGUUGCUCGUGAGCAGUUCGCAACAAACAGAUUCGAAACUUAUUUGAAGAAUUUGAAUCGAACUGAAGGUUUUCACUUAGCUGUGUGGAGUUCUGGAUGUGAAUUGAAUGAUGAGACUGAUGAGAUCAGAGGUUGGUAUGCGGAAGACUUAGGAUUUGCUGACGUGCCAUUUCGGCAUUGGACCUUAGCAAAGGAUCAAGGGGAUCACGUCAAGCUGAUCUGGGAAGAUAACAAGCCUCCCCCAGUCACCUUGAAGUUCUACACUGAGGAGUGUCCUUCUGUCUUGAGGAUGUUUGUGAGCAUCUUAACAAGAACAGAGCUUCCAAAGGUGUCCCUACUCCAGGAGACACCAUCUUCUCCGGUCAGCUGCAACGCAACAGGUUUCUACCCCGACAAAGCCGUCCUGUUUUGGAGGAAAGACGGCGAGAAGCUGCACGAGGGCGUGAAGCACGGAGAAAUGCUCCAAGACGGAACCUUCCAGAUGUCUGUGGACCUGAACGUGAUGGCCAACAUGGAUGGCAAGUACGAAUGUGUGUUUCAGCUGACUGGUGUCAAGGAGGACAUCGUCACCGUUCUGGUGAUCAGAAGCAUCCUGAGCAACGCGAGCGGUGAAGACCUCAACACAACCACCUCUGGUAAUACCAGCCAAGCGACCUCAUGGCCUACCACCAUCACUGUCAGACCAACAACCAGCGGUACUUCCAAUGGCAACCAAACUACUACCUGGCUGAACACAACAAUGGAAGCAACCACCCGACCCAGUCUCAACAACUCGGAGGCUACCCGUCCAACUCCUGGUCACAAAAAGUCGAGCGUCAACGUUGCUGUUGCCACGGUGGGGGUCAUUGCUGCGGCUGUCCUUCUGUCGGCCAUCAUCUUUUGGAUUGUCAAGCGUCACAGACGCACUCACACUACCUACUGGGACACAGUGAUCGUAAGGUUUACUCGGUCUGGAUCUGAGUGAGACACAGCAGCUGGCACACAGAACACAAAGAUGUCUCCAUCGCUGAGGGGACAUCAUCUCACUUGGAGAUGAAGUGGAGAUGUUCUUUGUUCUUCAUGAUACAUAUACCUUAUACUCAUAUUUUACUAUUACAUCAUGCAAUGUCUUUGCUGGGUACUUAAAAACCCUGUUAUGAUCAUAUCAUGUUUUGUUGUUUCAGAUUGAUUUAGGUCCUAGUGUGCGUGUUGCUUUAAAUGCUAACUAAUAGUAGUGGAAUCGCUGCUAUUUAUUGAUGAUAAUCACAUAGUGUCACAUUUAUUUUAAUAAAUCAAUUUGUUCAUUCCGGCUCCAGAAGGAGGAACAGUCAGAAAGUGAUGUUGAGAGAAAAAUACAAGAGAACAAGAUAAAUAUUUAAGUUUUCACAGCAUACACUGAACGCCAACUAAGAUGAAAACUGUGAAAUAAAUGUAAAACAUAAUAUAUUUUUAACAGAUAUUACUUUAAAUUACUUACAAUAUUGAUAGGCCAAAAAAUGGAUUUGUCAAAAUUAAAGUCAAAGGUUCUAUUGGCAAACAGACAUUCAAAGCAGCACCAUUCCAGUGUGACCACAGUGUUGUCACUUCUUUGCUAGUUAAGUCAUUUCAUGGUUUUACCUUCGAUCAGAAGCCUUUAAGGGGCGGCAUAGCUCGGUUGGUAGAGCGGCCGUGCCAGCAACUUGAGGGUUGCAGGUUCGGUUCCCGCUUUCGCCAUCCUAGUCACUGCCGUUGUGUCCUUGGGCAAGACACUUUACCCACCUGCUCCCAGUGCCACCCACACUGGUUUAAAUGUAACUUAGAUAUUGGGUUUCACUAUGUAAAGCGCUUUGAGUCACUAGAGAAAAGUGCUAUAUAAAUAUAAUUCACUUCACAAUAGUUAACUUUUUUUACUUGAGUGUUAAAAAGUGAGAUGUGUGCAUUACUCCAGUGUCAUUUAUCGUUACGUUUAAGAUGUUUUAUAUUUGGAAUGGUAAGCUUUCUUAAAGAGAACUGCAAUUUUUGGGGAAUUUUGCCUAUCCUUCACAACCCUUUUUAAAAUAAUGUGCCAAAUUAUUGCAUUAAAAUGAUCAAACAACGUAAAAAUUAAAUGUUAUUAUAAAUGUGCCCAUUACUACAUUACACAUACUGUAUACUUACAUCAUGUAUAUACAACUUUAAUGAGGUGUUUGGAUGUUUUCUUAAGGGUUUUAUAGGCAGAAUACAGCGGCUCGCAUAGCCUCCAUUGUAAGCAGACUUUUGAUGGUAUGUAUUUAAUAUUUAGCAUGCAUAAAAAUACAUAUCUCCUCAUGUAUUGCGAAUGAUAGGCAAAAUUCUGGAAAAAAGUGGUUUCCCUUAAAACUUGUAUGACUAAUAUUGAAAUUACAUGUUAAUGUCUGUACCUUUAAUAAAGAUUUUUUUGAGUGCAA